AUGGUGUCGCAGAUCUCCCAAGAAGUGAGGCGACGCGUGUGCACGAUUCAAUCUACGACUUGCAAUCCAUGGACUCUCGAGCACUACCGAGAGUGUAUCUUUCCGCUCGAUGGCAAAGCGAGCUGCAGUACUGUGAUGAAAUGUGGCUUGCCGAUUUCACUGUCCAAUCUGGCCGCCAUAUGGGCGUCCACACGAGGAAUCCUUGCCCGGCUGUUGCAGGCAGCUGCCAAAAGCGUCCGAGUGCUCGCUUUUGAUGCAGGGAUGCGACGCAUGGCACACCCGGCGCAAGAAUGGCAGACAGUGUGUUUCUGCAAUUUGCCCCGAAUCAUCAGUCAUUGGUAA